AUGAAUUAUUCGACCCUCCUUACAACGGCAUCCGCCCUUAUGAGGGGUGUGGUUUGGACCGGAACCCCCUUCAAUGUCAGUGUGGUUGACUUGCCAAUUCCAACUAUUCAAUCGCCCACCGACGCCAUCGUCAGGGUAUCAAUGGCCGGUAUAUGUGGCACAGAUCUUCAUACCUACCGUGGCCACUACGGGAGCGCUACAGUCCCCUGGGCCAUGGGCCACGAGGCCAUUGGCUUUAUAGCCCACCUAGGAGACGCCGUCACGAAUCUCCAGCUUGGAGACCGUGUAGUGAUCUCUGACACGGUUCAUGAACCACACACGGUCGCGGAGGCUGCGACAUCCUACCCCUUUGGUAUGGGACCUGAUCGCGGUGACCUGGGUGGCUGCCAGAGCGAGUUUGUGAGAGUCCCUGCCGCCGAGGAAAAUCUGAUUCCUAUUGCGAGCAACACUUCUGGUCCGUCCGACAGCGAUGCCGACUAUCUCUUCGUUUCCGAUAUCUUCGCGACCGGUUGGGCAGCCCUUGACUUUGCCGGGUUUAAACCAGGGGAUACCGUUGCAGUGUUCGGGGCCGGCCCCGUUGGCUUGUUAUCAGCCUACUCGGCCUUUCUGCGCGGCGCAUCUCGAGUGUACGUCGUCGACUGCGUGUCCGACAGACUCGACGUAGCCCGUUCCCUAGGCGCUACCCCAAUCAACUUCAUGCAAUCCGACCCAGUCGAGCAGAUUCUUGCCUUUGAACCCGAUGGCGUCGAUCGCAGUGUGGACUGCGUUGGAUUCGAAGCCGUCAAUCAAUCCCAGCAGAUGGAAUCCGACAUCGUCGUCCGCCAAAUGAUUAGCCUCACUGCACGAAACGGCGGAAUCGGCGGUGUUGGUAUCUACGCGGACGUGCAGAACAGCACAGGCGUUCCUCGAGGCAGUGCCGUGACGAAUAGCGUUGACUUCCCCAUUGGCACCUUCUUUGCAAAGAGUCUGCAGUACAGGGUUGGUGCUGUCUAUCCGCCUGACUAUGCUUCUACUCUCUUGCCGCUUAUCGAUAGUGGAGUGGCUCGGCCGGCGUCGAUAAUUAGCUCUUUUGUUGGUAUCGAAGACGCGCCAGAGGCUUAUCGCCGUUUCAAUGAUCACCUAGAGACGAAGGUGGUGAUCCGGUUUCCGUGGUCGUAG